GGGGACUCUACACCGCCUUCAUUACUACGAGAGAUGCAACGGGCCACAGAAUAACAAGGGUACCUCAUGUGUGCACCCCGAAGACAAAUGACCACAUUUGUCUCCCCGAAAGCUCAAAACUCUGCAACCUCUAUGCUAAAAGUUCAUUCUGCUUUUUUGCCCUUGCUUUGGUGGAAAAAAAAAUAAAACCAAACAGUGGACUCUCCUAAAAUUACAAAGGAAGGAAACAUAAAGAGCCAUCGCAGUUCUUUAACUCUCAUUCUAAUAAUGGGAGGCAAAAAGGCAGCCAGAGGAGCCCGGCACGUACAGCACCCUCAGUCUUACAGAGCGUGGGGACGUAAAGGUGAAUGGUGAGCAGAGGCUGUAACUUGGGAGUCUUUCUACACCUCAUCUGCUACAAGUUCUGGCUUAGAAAUGGAUAUGCUCUGUGAAGAAAAUGCUUCUCUGAGCUCCACCACCAACUCCUUAAUGCAAUUAAGUGAUGACAGCAGACUCUACAAUAAUGACUUUAACCCCGGAGAAGCUAACACUUCUGAUGCAUUUAACUGGACAGUAGACUCCGAAAAUCGAACCAACCUCUCCUGUGAAGGGUGCCUCUCACCACCGUGUUUCUCCUUACUUCAUCUACAGGAAAAAAACUGGUCUGCUUUAUUGACAGCUGUAGUGAUUAUUCUAACCAUUGCUGGAAACAUACUCGUCAUCAUGGCAGUGUCCCUAGAGAAAAAGCUGCAGAACGCCACCAACUAUUUCCUGAUGUCACUUGCCAUAGCUGAUAUGCUGCUGGGUUUCCUUGUCAUGCCCGUGUCCAUGCUAACCAUCCUGUAUGGGUACCGGUGGCCUCUGCCUAGCAAGCUCUGUGCGGUCUGGAUUUACCUGGAUGUGCUCUUCUCCACGGCCUCCAUCAUGCACCUGUGUGCCAUCUCCCUGGACCGCUACGUUGCCAUCCAGAAUCCCAUCCACCACAGCCGCUUCAACUCCAGAACGAAGGCGUUCCUGAAAAUAAUUGCUGUUUGGACCAUCUCAGUAGGUAUCUCUAUGCCAAUACCAGUCUUUGGGCUACAGGAUGAUUCCAAGGUCUUUAAGGAGGGGAGUUGCUUGCUCGCCGAUGACAACUUUGUCCUGAUCGGCUCUUUCGUGUCAUUUUUCAUUCCCUUAACCAUCAUGGUGAUCACCUACUUUCUAACUAUCAAGUCACUCCAGAAAGAAGCUACUUUGUGUGUGAGCGAUGUUGGCACUCGGGCCAAAUUAGCUUCUUUCAGCUUCCUCCCUCAGAGUUCCCUGUCUUCGGAAAAGCUCUUCCAGAGGUCCAUCCACAGGGAGCCAGGGGCCUACGCCGGCAGGAGGACUAUGCAGUCCAUCAGCAACGAGCAAAAAGCAUGCAAGGUGCUGGGCAUCGUCUUCUUUCUGUUUGUGGUGAUGUGGUGUCCCUUCUUCAUCACGAACAUAAUGGCCGUGAUCUGCAAAGAGUCCUGCAACGAGGAUGUCAUCGGAGCCUUGCUUAACGUGUUCGUUUGGAUCGGUUACCUCUCCUCGGCGGUCAACCCACUAGUCUACACACUGUUCAAUAAGACCUACAGGUCGGCGUUUUCGCGGUAUAUUCAGUGUCAGUACAAGGAAAACAAAAAACCAUUGCAGCUCAUUUUAGUGAACACUAUACCGGCUUUGGCCUACAAGUCUAGUCAACUCCAAAUGGGCCAAAAAAAGAAUUCAAAGAAAGAUGCCAAGACCGCAGAUAAUGACUGCUCUAUGGUUGCUCUAGGAAAGCAACAUGCGGAAGAUGCCUCUACAGACAAUAUCAACACGGUGAAUGAAAAGGUUAGCUGCGUGUGAUAGGCUGGUUGCCAUGACAACUGUGGAGGGCACACGGAAUGAGUUUUCACCUAUCUGGAAAAAAAUAAAAUAAGGAGACUGGAAGAAAUUAGGCCAGUCUAAUGGAACCAACAGUAGUGUCUGUAUGCCUCAUUUUAUUCUGUCAAUGAAAAGCAGGGUUAAAUGCCACACUAUGUGCACUUCGAAAAUGUUCUGCCAGCAUUUCAGCUGUGAGCUUUAUGAUAAUUAUUUUUCACAUUGUAAAUGAUAUGUCUUUAAAAUGAUUAGCUUUUAUUGUAUAAUUAUGCGGCCCUAAAUAAAUCUCAAUUAAUUUCUAUUUUCGAAUGGACUUUCGAACUUUGCCUUGCUUCUGUGUUGCUAAUUGACAGCAUGAGAUUGAGUUGGUUACCUAUUGCUGUACAUAAAAAUAGCUAUAAAUAGUAAAAAAUUUGUUGACUAUAAUGAGCUUUAAAAUAAAGAAUUCUCUUUAAAACAUACCAUGAUACAUAUUUUGAAAGAAAAAAAAAGACACUAAGAACAGUGCUAUAAAAUCUGUAUUGCUAAGAUAAUUAAAUGAAAUACUUGACAAUAUUUUUCAUUGCUGCUUUUCCAUAGAUGUCAUUUUGAAAUAUUCACAAGGUUGCUGGCCUCUGCUGUAUUUCAAGUUAAUUCUCAGAAGCAAAAAAGAUUUUAAACGUUAUUGAAUAACUAACUGUUGCUGCUUUCUCUUCUACUUCCUAUGCUUUACUCUGAAUUUCCAGUGUGGUCUUGUUUAAUAUUUGUUCUUCUAGAUUAAACUAUCAAAAGGAUAAUUUAACAUUGCCAAGUACAUGCUUCUCUAAAAGAAUACCAUAGAAGUAUUUGGUAACUCUCUGUGAAAUGGCUGCAUCAUGCAUGCGCUCCUCUGAGCAGUAAACAAUGUAUGUUGAUGUUGCUGUCAGGAUUGAGGAUGAACUCAGGUUUCUGGCUAUUAAUGGUAAUACAGUCUCAGGACAUCUCUGUAAAAAGCAGGUGUCUUUCCUAUUGACACCAUCAUGUAAAUUGAUGCUUUCAGAUCAAUCAACCUAUAUUAUUUAUUAAAACUGUUUGGCUUGGUUCCACACUCAUCUAUUGAGUGUACACUUAAGUGUGAAGCAAUUUUCUAAGUAUGAGGGGUAUAAAAGUACUUAAAACAAGACCCUUUGCCUCUGAAGAAAAUGACUAAACAGAAAUGGUCAAAAAAUAUAAACAGACUUAUUUUGAGAAUCAGUUCAAUUUAUUUCCUUCUUACCUGGUUCAGAAACAGGUUUGUUCCAACUCUGAGAGUAAUUUUCUCAGUAAGUCUUCCUGAUUGGUUACCAAUGAAUGCCAACCAAACAAAGGAGCAAGGGAAGAAAAUCACUUGAGGUUAAACAUUGCAAUUAAUUUAGAAACAUGCACCUCAAUCUGGACCCAAUUAAUGACUACCAAAGUUUUGAGCAAAAUUUUUGUUCCAUUUCUCUAAAAACUCAUUCAUUUUAGUACUACUCACUGACACUGGGUUCCCUAAUUUAAAAAAAAAUCAGAAAAUAUUUUGUAGAAACAGUUGCUGAAGAGAGAAAUAGAUUAGCAGUAGUUAAUCCACCUUGGCAUUGUAAUACUCAAGGUUAAAUUACACAUAGUUAUUGGAACAGAUGUUAAAUAUAUGAUUACAAUGCUGAAGCAUUUUUAUUAAAUGAGAAAUCGUUUGGGGCCUAAGCCUUUGGAAGAAACUACCGAUUUGAAAACUAAAGAAUGUGAGAAGUGCCGUUGUGUAAUCUGGAAAUGUGUUGGGAAAUGCAGAAAAUCCUAAUUAUGUCGUUCUAGAUACAUUGAGAGAUGAUUCACCAUUUCAAAGCUAGAAUUUAUAAUAUGCCACUAGUACCAAGGCUGCAUUUGAACUGAACUACUCUUUAAUGAUUAUACCAUAUUAACUGAAGAAAAUAUACAUGUUGAAAAGUCUCUGUUCUAAUGUAUUUUGCCUUAGUUUAUAACUCUGCACAUUUCAUUAUGUAUCAGAGAAAAGAUUGCAGGUUCUACCCCCUUCUACUCAAUCUUGAUUAGAACGGACAUUAAUACCGCCUGACAGAUGUCUUUUGACUAAAUAUAUAUUCCCAAUGUGUAUGUGUUUUUUUCUUCCAUAAGUAUUCAAAUGUAUACUGUAUAGACGAAUGUGUAUCUGUAUAUAUGUACAGACAUGUUCCCAUGCACUUUAUUCAAUAUUUAUAUAUUUAUAUGGAGAAAAAGCAAGUCAAUGAAAACAAUCAGUAUAUACACAUGUGUGCAUGUUUGUAUCAUGUUGAUUUAAAUGUGAAUUCAUGUUCUGAUACACUUGUGACUUUCCAUUGCUGUCAAAGCAGAUUAAAGUGUAACAAAAAUAUCAGCUUUUUAAAUAAACCGUCAGUUGAUCUAAUUUUGUGGAAAGACUUUAACACAAUUCUAUGAGGGUGGUGAAAACAAUGGUCCAUACAUAUACUUCAAUGAUCUUAAACAAAUGGUACCUUUGGGUCCUUGUUUAGUCCGAGGAUUUUCAGACUACUGUGGCUUUAAAUACACUCCCCACCCGGGUAAAACAGUCGCCAAAUGACUUAUGGAUCCAUGAUUAAAGGAUUCACUCCUGGUCAAUGCUAUUAAAAUAGAGUAACAAACCUAACUCAACUUUAAGUUGAAUGAUAGAUUCUUCUAUAUUUAAAGAAAGGAAUUAAAUACCGUAACUAGAGAAGGCAAAGUAUACUUCAUCUUCAUCUACUUGGCUACAGCGCCAUCUCAUGGUCAUUUUUUAAAGUGCUACCAUAGCUCAAUUGAACUGUUGCUGUACAGCUUUUAGCAAAGGGUGCUUCUCCCAUUUGUGCAUCAGUGAAACAUAUUUAUAAAGUGUUAAAUUAUUUUGUGCCAUAUGUAACAAAUACAGUGAAGAUUAUUUUAUGUACUGAUUUUAAUUAAGGUGGUUCUAAAAUAUUUUAAGAAAGAAUGAAUAACUGUAAAUAAAGUAUACUCAAAAUUGAAUGCAAUUUUAUGUGAGUCCAUGGCUGUGUCUACUGAAGGGAAUUGCCCCAAACUUUCCAGAUCAUCAGGAUGGGAACUCAAGGUAUCAUCCUGACAUUUUUGAGAAUAAAACCUGUGCCCGUGGAACUCAGCUAUGUCGCUGAGCUAGAACCCACCUGAUUGAAUUA